AUGAUACCCACCACCACCGAGACCCCUUCCACACCCACAGUGACCACAACCCCAACUACCACUACUUCAGAACCUCCUCCCACUACCACAACACACACAACACUGACAACCACUACCACAGAGACCAUGCCCACAACCACUUCCAAAUCAACACCAACCACUACCUUGCAUCCUACAACAAUAUCCACCACAACACCGACAAACACCACUACUGAGACCCCACCUACUACCACAUCCACCAUGACACCAAGCACUGCCUACUACAACAGCCACCACAAAACCAACAACCACUACCACAGAAACCCCUCCCACAACAACAACAACCACAACAACGACAGCCACCACCACAGAGACCCCUUCCACAACCACAUCGACCACAACCCCAACUACCACUACCACAGAACGUCCCCCCACUACCACAACAUUCACCACAACACUGACAACCACCACCACAGAUACCAUGCCCACUACCACAUCCAACACAACACCAACAAACACUACCUCCCCUCCUACUACCACACCCACCCAAAGACCAUGCCCACAACCACUUCCAAAUCAACACCAACCACUACCUUGCAUCCUACAACAAUAUCCACCACAACACCGACAAACACCACUACUGAGACCCCACCUACUACCACAUCCACCAUGACACCAAGUACCACUAUCACACAAACCAAUCCAACUUCUACAACAACAUUCACCACAAUACUGACUACCACUACCACGGAGACUCUGCCUACUACCACAUCCAACACAACCCCAACAACCAUGACUUCCCCUCACACUACCACAUCCAGCACAACUACAAACACCACGACUACUGAGACCACACCCAUUACCAAAUCCACAAUAAUGACAACCACCACCACUACUGAGAACCCACCCUAUAUGACAACCACCACAACCACAACCACCACUACCAAGGAAACCCCUCCCACAACAACAUACACCACAACAAAGACACCCACCACCACAGGGACCCCGCUUACUACCACAUCCACAAUGAAUCCAACAACCACUACAUCCAGUGCAACUACCACAUUCACCACAAAUACAACCACCACCACUACUGAGACCAACCCCACUACAACAUCCACAACAAUGACAACCACGAAAACGCCUCCACUAACAUCCACCACAACAAAACCCUCCCACAACAACAACAACCACAACAACGACAGCCACCACCACAGAGACCCCUUCCACAACCACAUCGACCACAACCCCAACUACCACUACCACAGAACCCCAACACCUACUACUGAGACCACUACCAUUACUGCAUUGACAAAAAUGACAACAAUCACCACCACUGAGACCCUGCCAAGUACCACAUUCACGAAAACCACAUCAAUCACUACCACAGAAACACCUCCCACAACAACGACCACCACAAGAAUGAUACCCACCACCACCGAGACCCCUUCCACACCCACAGUGACCACAACCCCAACUACCACUACCUCAGAACCUCCUCCCACUACCAGAACACCCAACACAACACUGACAACCACCACCACAGAGAUCAUGCCCACUAACACUUCCAACACAACACCAACAACCACUACCUCCCGCCCCACAACAACAGCCACCACAACACCGACAACCACCACUACUGAGACCCCAACUACAACCAUAUCCACCAUGACACCAAGUGCCACUACCACAAAACCCACUCCAACUUCUACAACAACAUUCACCACAAUACUGACAACCGUUACCAUGGAGACCCCACAUUCUACCACAUCCAACACCACCCCAACAACCACUACCACCUCUCACACUACCACAUCCAGCACAACUACAAACACCACGACUACUGAGACCACACCCACUACCAAAUCCACAACAAUGACAACCAGCACCACUACUGAGACCCUACCCACUACCACCACUACCACUUCUCCCACUAUCACCGAAACCCUUCCCACAACAACAUACACAAACCUGACCACUUCCACCACAGAGACCCUGUCUGCUACCACAUCCACGACAACACAACGAACCCCUACAUCCAGUGCAACUACUACUUUCACCACAAAUACAACCACCACCACUACUGAGACCACACCCACUACCACAACAACGACAACCACAAAAACCCCUCACACAACAACAUCCACCACAACACUAACAACCAUAGAGACCUUUCCCACUGCCACAUCCAUCACAAGCUCAACUACUACCACCACAGAACGCCCACCCACGACCAUUACCACCACAACACCGACAACCACCUCUACAGAGACCACACCCACUACCACAUACACCACAAUCCCAACAACCGCUAUUACAGACACCAUUUCAACUCUAACAACAACAUCCAUCACAACACUGACAACAACCACCACAGAGACCAUGCCCACUACCACAUCCAACACAGUACCAACAACUACUACCUCCCCUUCUAUUACCACAUCCACUACAACCACAACAAUCAACACUACUGAGAACACAACAACUACCACAUCCACCACAACCUCAAUUACCACUGCCACAGAACCCCCAUCCACUACAACUACCACCACAAAAUCGACAACAACACCUACUGAGACCUCUUCCACCACCCAAUCUAACAUAACCCCAACUACCACUACCAAUGAACCUCCCCCCACUACCACAAUAUACCCCACAACACUGACAACCACCACCACAUACACCACACCCACUUCCACUUCCAACACGACACCAACAACCACUACCUCCCCUCCUACUACCACACCCACCACAAACACAACAACCACUGCUGAGAGCACUAACACAUCCACAACAAUGACAACAAUCAUCACUUCUGAUACCCUGCCUACUACCACAUCCACCAAAUCCACAAUGACCACUACCACAGAAACAUCUCCCAAUACAACAACCACCACAAGAAUUACAACUAACACCACAGAGAACCCUUCCACAACCACAAUGACCACAACUACCACUACCACAGAAACUCUUCCUACUACCACAUCCACCACCACACUGACAACCAAAACCACAGAGACCACACCCACUACAACUUCCAACACAACACCCACAACCACGACCUCCCCUUCUACUACCACAUGCAUCAUAAGCCCAACAUCCACCACUGAGACCACUACCAUUACCACAUUGACAUCUACCACUAUUACAGAAACCACUUCUACUCCAACCACAACAUCUACCACAACACUGACAACAACCUCCACAGAGACCAUGCCCACUGCCACUUCCAGCAUAACACAAACAACCACUACCUCACAUCCCACAACAACAGCAACCACAACACUGACAACCACCACUACUAAGACCCCACCUACUACCACAUCCACCAUGACACCAACUACCACUACCACACAACCCACUCCAACUUCCACAACAACAUCCACCACAAUACUGACAACCACUACCAUGGAGACCCCAUCUACUACCACAUCCAACACAACCCCAACAACCACAACCUCCUGUCAUAAUACCACAUCCACCAAAACUAAAACCACCAUGACUGAGACCCCACCCACAACCAAAACCACCACUACCACGUCCUCAACCACUUCCAAAUCAACACCAGCAACUAUCUCACAUCCCACUAUCACAUCCACCAUAACACUGACAACUUCCACCCCAGAGACCCCGCCUACUACCACAUCCACUGCAACACCAAUAACCAAUACAUCCUCUAAAACUACUACUUUCACCACAACUACAACCACCACCACUACUGAGACCACACCCACUACCACAUCCACAACAAUGGCAACCACGAAAACCCCUCUCACAACAACAUCCACCACAACGCUGAUAACCACAGAGACCCUUCCCACUGCCACAUCCACCACAAGCUCAACUACUACCACCACAGAACUCCCACCCACGACCACUACCACAACAACACGGACAACCACCUCUGUAGAGACCCCAACCACUAUCACAUCUACCAUAAUCCCAACUACCACUACUACAGAACCCCCUCCUACUCCCAACACAACAUCCAUGACAACACUGACAACAACCGCCACAGAGACUACACCCACUACCACAUCCAACACAUUACCAACAACCACUACCUCCCUUUUCACUACCACAUCCACUACAACUAAAACUACCACCAGUACUGAGACCCCACCAACUAGCACAUCCACCACAACCACAACUACCACAACCAUAGAACCACCAACUAUGGCAACAACCACCACAUCACUAACGACACCUACUGAGACCCAUUCCACGACCAAAUCUACCACAACCCCAACUACCACUACCAAAUUACCUCCUCCCACUACCACAACAUCCACCACAACACUGACAACCACCAGCACAGAGACCACAACCACUACUACUUCCAACACAACACCAACAACCACUACCUCGCCUCCCACAACAACACCAACAACCAAUACCACUGAGACUCCACCUACUACCACAUCCACCACGACUCCAACUAACACUACCACACAACCCACACUAACUUCCACAACACCAUCCACCACAAUACUGACAACCACUACCAUGGAGACCCUGCCAACUACCACAUCCAACACAACCCCAACAACCACAACCCCCCCUCACACUCCCAUAUCUACCACAAUUACAACCACCACUACUACUGAGACCACACCCACUACCAAAUCCACAACAAUGACAACCACCACCACUACUGAAACCUCUUCCAUGACCAUAUCGACCACAACCCCAACUACCACUACCACAGAACCUCCUCCCACUACCACAACAUCCACCACAACAUUGACAACCACCACCAUAGAGACCACGCCCACAACCACAUCCAACACAAUACCAACAACCACUACCUCCCCUUCCACCACCACAUCCACCACAACCAAAACAACCACCACAACUGAGACCCCACCAACUACCACAUCCACCACAACCUCAACUACCACUGCUAAGACCCCUCCCAUUACCACUUCCAUCACAAUACCAACCAACACAACCAAGACCCCACCUACUAUCACAUCCACCACCACCUUGAAUACCAACACCAAGAUCACUCCAAUGACCACAUCCACCACCAUUAAGACAACACCCAUCACCAAUACCCUUCCCACGAUCACAGUCUCCACAACCCUGACAACAGCUACUACUAUGACCAGUAUUAUGACCACAUCUACCAGUACUCUGAUGACCAGCACAGCUCCUACAGCUGCAUUUACCAAUAUUCAGAACCCUAAACUCCUACCACCUAUUCCUUAUAUGCGUACUAGUACUAGUGCAAUAACUACAUCUUCUAGUACCAUCAUUCCCUCCUCCCCACACACAAUGGUUACCUCCCCAACUGUGUCUUUCACCAGUGUUACAUCUAUAGCUACCAGUACCACUUACUCUACUUCUCAACCUAUGACCAGUACAGCAACUCCAUCGUCCUCUGUCACUUCCAUGGCCACUCCCACACACUCUUUUACUAGUAGAACUUCUCCAACUUCCCCUGAUACAAGCUCUAGUUUUACUGAAACAACCAGCACACCUUUUAUUACUACUCUUUCUACUACCCCAUGUCCAGAGUUCAUAUCAGUUACAAUAGUCCCUACUUCUCCCACCACCAUUUGUAUAGAGACGGAACGUAGUAGUGAGGUUACUUCAAUGUCUACUCUCCCAGCAUCAUUCUUUACCUCUACUACUGAAUUGGCCUCCUCUAGUUCUGCCAUCACAUGUACAUUUCCUGCACAUUCGGAAGCUUCUACUUCAGUUCCCACAAUUGGCCCAACUACCAUUACAACAGAUGCUCCCAGUUCCAUCACCCCUGGGGGCAUUCCCAGUAGCACCCUUGUGAUGAGCACACAGAGCCCCACCAGUGGGACCUGGACAAGUACUGACUUUGUAACCACGCCCCAUGUGCCGAAUUUCACUAGUCCCCCACUGACUACAACACCAAGCAGCAACCUUACAACUGCUGUAAUGACUUCAAGCAAGGUGACAAGUCCCACCUCACCCACCACCAGGAGUCCAGAGACAACGGUGGGCACCACUCAGUCUCCCACUACCCUCACAUCAUCCAGGACCACUUCUACCACUACUAAGAUGACCACCCAGUCUCGGCUGACUACUACUCCAGGUACCUGUGACAAUGGUGGCACUUGGAUGCAGGACCGCUGCCUCUGCCCCCCAGAAUUCUCUGGGGACCACUGUGAACUGCAGGAGAUCAAGUGCCUGAAUGGGGGUAAAUGGGAUGGCCUUAAGUGCCAGUGUCCCAGCACCUUCUAUGGAACCCGCUGUGAGUUGGCUGUGGAACAGAUGGAGCUAGACACUGUGCAGGCUGAAGUGGGCAUGGAGGUGUCUGUGGACCAGGAGUUCUCCUCGGACCUCAACGACAACACUUCCAAGGCCUAUGAGGAUUUCAACAACACCUUCCAGGCUCAGAUGCAGAAGAUUUAUCAAAAUGUGACAGAGUUCAAGGGUGUGGAGAUCCUGUCCCUGAGGAAUGGCAGCAUCGUGGUGGACUACCUGGUCCUGUUGGAGAUGCCCUUCAGCCCCCAGCUGGAGAGCGAAUAUGAGAAGAUGAAGACAUUGCUCAGGGAGGAGCUCCAACAUUCCAGCCUGGAGGAGAAUGGCUGCAACGACCAGAGCCUGUGUUUUAAGCCUGACUCCAUCAAGGUGAACGACAGCGUCAGCUCGUCAGUGAGCCCUCAAGCCAUCUGUCGCCGAGCCGCUGCCGAGGGCUUUGAGGAUUUCUACUUCCCGUUGGUGGAGGAGAAACGGCUCCGCUGCGUCACCAACUGUACGUCGGGCUUGGACCACACGCUGGACUGUAACCAGGGCCAGUGCGUUCUGGAGAGGACCGGGCCUACCUGUCGGUGCUUCUCUACCGACACACACUGGCUCUCGGGGCCGCGCUGCGAGGUGGCCGUCCCUUGGAGGACGCUGGUCGGGAGCCUGGCGGCCGUCGGGGCGCUGCUGCUGCUGCUCCUGGUGGCGCUGGUGAGCGUCUACCUCGCGCGCUCGCGCUCUCAGCAGAGAGGCCGCCAAGGCAAAGGCUGGGCAUUGGACAAGGACGAGACGUGGUUUGACACGUGGGAUGAGGGCAGCGUUGGGACUUUUACAAACCUGGGCUUCGAGGAUGAAGGAACAGUCAACCAGGAAAAUACCCAGGUGGCCUUGGAGACAGUGGACACCAGUGUCAAGGUGCACAUCCAGAGACCCGAGGUGACCUCAUCCUGGCUGUGAGCCCUGAAGGGGCAGAUUCACUUCCCCUCCACCCUGCCCAGAUGGUGGGCAGGAGCUCUCUGCUCUGCCUUCAUUACUAGAGAUGGCCCAGACUCGCGCAGCUGACUCCUGGCUUCCUUGGGCAAAACCAGACCAUGCCCUGACCCAUGCUUCUCCUACUAGAGUGAAAUCCACCUGGAAACCCAGUUCCAAUCCGAGCUCUCCUGCUGUGGAACCCUAGGCCAGUCACCUGUAAACUGGCACAGCUGUCCUGAUCCUUGUAACCAUGCAGACCAGAUGUACUCAUCAGUUCUGUCCCAGCCCACCUUCCAGUCUCCACUCUGUGCUUAAUGGCCUCUCUCAGAUCCCCAAACCCCACACGCUGCCCAGACUCAGACCUCAGUUUCUGGUUUCCUGUGAGCAUCCCUGUAGCCAGCCCGCAGCCCCCGUCGCUCCUUAUGUAACUCAGCGCUGCCUCCCUUGCUCCUAUCCUUAAACCUUCUCCCCCCGACCGAUUCCUUAAAUCAUCCCGUAUAGCCCAGACCUCAGCCCCAAAUCUCCUCCAUUUUCCUUAAUCUCCCCUUCCCUCUGCCCUAAAUCUCUACCCCUCCCUCCAGUGCCCCAGUCCUAAAUCCCCCCUCCUCCCCUCAUAUCCCUGUCCUUAGCUAGACACAGAUACCCUCUGCAUCUUAGGACCCCCCUAACUGGUGCUCCCCAAGCCCUGGCCCUAUUUUGAAGCUUCAUCCCUUCCUCUCCCCCAUAAACACCCCUGAGUCACCCUGGGUGGGAGUGGGACAUGGGUGGGAGUGGGACGUGGGUUGUCCUGGGUCCCAAGGAUGAGAAGUGGGGCCCUGAGGUGGGUUAGGUUCCCCUGAUUCUCCCUAGCUCUCCCUUCCCUUCCCAUUUCCUUCCCUGUUCCUGCUCCUCCUCCCCCUUCCUCUUCCAUCCUCACCCCAGCCCUGCAGUGUUCUCUGAGCCCACCAGUCCUUAACUUUCUUUGUAGGAAGGUGCCCUUUAGGGACAGGCAGCCAGCGGGUGGCCAGUUCUCCCUGUGAGCAAAAUACAGCAUUUAUUG